UUGGACCAGAGGCUCAGGGAUGCUGCAAAAAGGGAGGAGGCUGAGAGGAAGGCGAAGGAGGGGAAGAAGGAAUACAUACGGUGGCUGCAGCCCGGAGCCCAGAGCAUCCUCUGGCAGAAGCAUCGGCAUUGGCAUCACCAAGGCAGGGUGAGGAGCAGAAGCCGUGCUUCCUUGGCACAAGGGCAGGCAAGCGCCGUGGAGGGCACCUGGCCCAGGGCAGAGGCCAGCAUGACAGAUGACAACUUGUCCGGCGUCAGCGGGAUGGAGGUGGACGACCGCAUCUCCUACCUGGAGCAGCGCCUGCAGCUGCAAGAGGAUGAGAUCCAGGUCUUGAAGGCCGCCUUGGCCGACGUCCUCCGUCGCCUCAGCACCUGCGAGGAGAACGGGCUCAGCUUGCAAAAGAAGGGACCCAACAAAGUUUACCAGCUCCUGAGAGGCCUGCCAUCCCGACCAAGCCUGAGCAAUGGGAUCAUCCCACAAAGGAGGGGCUAUUCAACAUCUCCAUCCUCUCCCAAGAGAGAAUUGCUAUCUGGAAAAAGGAUUCCACGGGGAGAAGCUUUGAAGGCGUUUUCUGGACUGGAGCACCUCAGCGGGCGAAGUAGCUGCCCCUCGCCGGAAGGGCCCCCAGCCCCGAUCCAACGCCCCUCCUGCAAGGACCAGAGGAGCCGCACCACGUCCUCCAGCAGCUCCUGCAGCAUCAAGCGCGAAGGCAAACCGAAAGAAGCCACUUUCAACGCUGAGGAUGGCUACGUGAAAAUGUUCCUGCGUGGGCGUCCCAUCCCCAUGUUCGUUCCCGAUGCCGUCGUGGCCACCUUCAGCCUGGAUGCCAAGCUGGACCUGCCCCAUAAGAAGCUCAAACUGGACUGGGUCUAUGGCUACCGGGGCCGGGACUGCCGCUCCAACCUCUUCCUGCUGCCCACGGGGGAGAUCGCCUACUUCGUGGCUGCCGUGGCCGUCCUCUACAACGUGGAGGAGCAGCGCCAGCGCCACUACCUGGGGCACACCGACGACAUCAAAUGCCUGGCUGUGCAUCCAGACAUGGUGACCAUUGCAACCGGGCAAGUGGCCGGAACGUCGAAAGAUGGCAAGCCGCUUCCUCCGCAUGUGAGAGUCUGGGAUUCGGUCAGCCUGAACACGCUCCACGUCUUGGGACCGGGACCCUUUGACCGGGCGGUCAGCUGCGUGGGCUUCUCCAAGUCGAAUGGAGGUGGGCUCCUUUGUGCAGUGGAUGACUCCAAUGACCACGUCCUCUCUGUCUGGGAUUGGCAAAAGGAGCAGAAGCUUGCUGACGUGAAAUGCUCCAACGAAUCCGUCCUGGCGGCCACCUUCCACCCAACAGAGCCCACGUUGCUGAUCACCUGUGGGAAAUCCCACAUCCACUUCUGGACGCUGGAAGGAGGCAGCCUCAGCAAGCGGCAGGGCAUUUUCGAGAAACACGAGAAGCCCAAGUACGUCCUGUGCAUCGCCUUCACGGAGAACGGGGACACGGUGACCGGCGAUUCCGGGGGGAACCUCUACAUCUGGGGAAAAGGAGGAAACCGGAUCUGCCACGCGGUGCCGGGGGCCCACGAAGGGGGCAUCUUUGGCUUGUGCGUCUUGCGAAACGGGACCAUCGUCACCGGAGGCGGCAGGGACCGCAGGGUGGUCCUGUGGGGCCGGGAUUACCACAAACUGCAGGAGAACGAGGUCCCCGAAGGCUUUGGGCCGGUGCGCACUGUGGCCGAAGGGAAGGGGGACUCCCUCUUUGUGGGCACCACACGGAAUUCAGUCCUUCAUGGGUCUUUGACCACCGGCUUCUCCCUUCUGGUGCAGGGACACACAGAGGAACUUUGGGGCCUGGCCACCCAUCCCACCCUGGACCAGUUCUUGACCUGUGGGCAAGACAAGCAGGUCCACCUCUGGAGCGUGGCCACCCACCAGCCCUUGUGGAGCAAGGGGAUUGAGGACGCAGCGCGCUCUGCAGGCUUCCAUCCCAGCGGAUCGGUGUUGGUGGUGGGCACCGUCACGGGCAGAUGGAUGGUUCUGGACACAGAAACCCGAGAUUUGGUGACAAUCCACACCGACGGAGCCGAGCAGAUUUCCGUCGUCAGCUUUUCUCCAGAUGGCAAAUACCUGGCGUUGGGCUCCCACGAUAACUUUGUCUACAUCUACUUGGUUUCCGAAGGAGGAAGGAAGUACGGCCGGGUCGGCAAGUGUUCGGGUCACUCCAGUUUCAUCACUCAUCUGGACUGGGCUUAUGACAGCAGCUGUUUGGUGACCAAUUCUGGCGACUACGAAAUCUUGUACUGGGACCCUUCUACCUGCCGGCAGAUCACCAGCGCCGAAGCCGUUCGCAACAUGGAGUGGGCAACUGCCACUUGUGUCUUAGGCUUUGGGGUCUUCGGGAUCUGGCCGGAAGGCGCAGACGGCACGGACAUCAACGCGGUCUGCCGUUCGCACGACGGGAAGCUCUUGGCGUCGGCGGACGACUUCGGCAAAGUGCAUUUGUUCUCCUAUCCCUGCUGCCAGCCACGGGCGCCCAGCUACACCUACAGUGGCCACAGCAGCCACGUCACCAACAUUGCCUUCCUCCACGACGACAGCCUGCUCCUCUCCACCGGCGGGACGGACACCAGCAUCCUCCAGUGGCGCCUCGGAUAGAGAAAAAGGGGAAUGUGGGG